AUGGUGAUGGUGACAGCCGUACGAGAUUACAUAAAUCGCAUGUUACAGGACAUUUCUGGGAUGAAAGUCCUCAUCCUCGACUCUCACACGGUUAGUAUCGUGAGUGUAGUAUAUUCUCAAUCGGACCUUCUUCAGAAAGAAGUUUUUUUGGUGGAACUUAUAGACUCCACUUCCAUGUCUAAAGAACCUAUGUCACAUCUUAAAGCUGUUUAUUUUCUCCGUCCUACGUCUGAUAACAUUCAACUAAUGAGACGUCAGCUUGCUGCACCUCGGUUUGGAGAGUACCACCUGUUCUUCUCCAAUAUGUUGAAAGAUACCCAACUUCACAAUUUAGCCGACUCAGAUGAGCAUGAAAUAGUUCAGCAAGUGCAGGAGUUCUAUGCCGACUUUGUUGCGGUUGAUCCCUAUCACUUUACCUUUAAUAUUGCUUCAAAUCACAUGUAUAUGCUCCCGGCUGUGGUAGAUCCAUCGAGUUUACAGCACUUUUGUGACCGAGUGGUUGAUGGAAUCGCCGCCAUUUUCCUGGCCUUGAAAAGAAGGCCCAUUAUUCGUUAUUCACGAACAUCUGAUAUUGCAAAACGGAUAGCACAUGAAGCUUCGAAGCUCAUGUACCAGCAGGAAAGUGGUCUUUUUGAUUUUAGGCGAUCGGAAGUUUCUCCACUGUUGCUUUUUGUUGAUAGGCGAGAUGACCCCGUGACUCCCCUUUUGAACCAAUGGACAUACCAGGCGAUGGUUCAUGAAUUGAUAGGCAUUCAAGACAAUAAGGUGGACCUCAGAAACAUUGGAAAGUCAUCAAAGGAUCAACAGGAGGUUGUGCUGUCUUCAGAGCAAGAUGCCUUUUUCAAAACAAACAUGUAUGAGAAUUUCGGAGAUAUUGGUAUGAAUAUUAAAAAGAUGGUGGAUGAUUUUCAACAAGUUGCCAAAAGCAAUCAGAGUAUUCAAACAAUAGAGGAUAUGGCCAAAUUUGUUGACAACUACCCAGAAUAUAGAAAAAUGCAUGGCAAUGUUUCUAAGCAUGUGACACUGGUUACCGAAAUGAGCAGGAUUGUUGAAGAACGGAAACUAAUGUUAGUGUCACAAACGGAACAAGAAUUAGCUUGCAAUGGUGGCCAAGGAGCAGCAUUUGAGGCUGUUACAAAUCUUUUGAAUGAUGAAAAUAUCUCUGAUGUUGAUCGUCUACGCCUGGUUAUGCUCUAUGCUUUGCGAUAUGAAAAAGAAAGUCCUGUUCAGCUGAUGCAGUUAUUCAACAAAUUGGCAGCCCGGUCUCCCAAGUAUAAGCCUGGGCUUGUGCAGUUCCUACUGAAGCAAGCAGGUGUCGAUAGAAGAACUGGGGAUCUUUAUGGGAACAGGGAUCUGCUUAAUUAUGCACUUAACAUGGCUCGUGGUCUCAAAGGGGUGGAGAAUGUGUAUACUCAGCAUCAGCCUCUGCUCUCCCAAACAAUGGAGAGCAUUGUUAAAGGCCGUCUGAGAGAUGUGGACUACCCUUAUAUUGGAAAUCAUUUCCAGCAAUCUAGGCCACAGGACGUGAUAAUAUUCAUUGUUGGCGGGACUACUUAUGAGGAGGCACGCUCUGUUUCUCUACAAAAUGCUACUAACACUGGAAUUCGUUUUAUACUUGGUGGUUCUGCUAUCCUCAAUUCCAAGAGGUUUCUGAAGGACCUCGAGGAAGCUAAGAGAAUUACUCGGGCGAGUAGUAAUGGGAUUUGA